AUGUCGCCAAGCUACGCCCAGCCCACAGUACACAUCAACAAGUCCUCUGCCAACGAGUCUGCCGGCCUCGACCUGACACAGCAUCUCUCUACCAUCUUCCAAGAUCCGCCCAUCAUCGUCAUGCCUCCUCUCUUUGACGACAAUAGCAGCAUUGUCAAGCCCACUCCGCGUGUCAUCUCUGCUGAAACCAGCUUGUCCAAAAACGAUGCGAAGUACAACAUCAACUUUCGCGCGUUGGAGAAGCUUCCUGGUGGCGUGACUACAUUCGAGGCGAAGCGCGAAGCCGUGCACGCUGGUGCGGAGGUAUCAACAAAGGUGGAUACGUCCAACGGCGAGACCAAGGUCGGAGAUGUCAGUGAGGUUUCGGAGGAUGGGGAGGUUCUCACGCCAAAGGCCUCUGCUGUUACUGAGCACCGCAUCCCGAACGGCAACGAGGAGCUCGCAAGCACAUCGGGUGAUCCGAACGACAAGUUCACUCCAGCAGUCGGCUCGAUUGCUGAAGAUAACACUGAGCGGACGGCUGAUGGAAUUGGCGAUGCUGGACCUGUAGAGAAUACCGAAGAGGCUCGCAAAUCUGCCUAUGCCCACUACGUUCAAGAUCAGAUUGAUCUGGCCGAAGAGGACUUGCGUACGGCGCUUGAAGACGCCAAGGAACUUCGGGUUGCGCGGGCGAUGAUGGAGAAGAAUUUCGAGGAGGAGCUUGCUGUGAUCGAAGCUAGAGAGAAGGAGUUGAUGGAGAAGUUGAGGAAGUGUCGUGAGAGGGUGCGGAAGUCGGUGAUGAUCGAUGAGGAUUAG